CCGUCAUCUUGUCAGUAGAAGAAAAACAACCAAGAUGAAGUCUACAAUUGCUAUUCUAACCAUUGCUUUGCUUUUCUGGCAAUCCAGCGACGUCCAGAGCACUGAAGUAAGCCAAUGUACUGACGUCUCAUUUCCUACUACUGUGGAAAUCGAAGACUGUGCAGAACAACCGUGUAUUUUGCACAUUAAUACCACUACCAGCAUGACGAUGAAGUUCAAAGCACCUAAAAAUUUGGAACACAUAGUUCCAAUUGCUAUAGCUGAGGUCAUGGGCAUGGAAAUUCAAUAUCCGUUAGACCAAGAUGACGCAUGUGCCGGAAUAGUUAACACCCAGUGUCCUUUGGAAGAAGGAGAAGACGUUGAAUAUACGUUUGACAUGUUUAUUUCGCCGAUCUUUCCGAAAAUUAACCUCACUUUGGAGUUUUCGCUCCUAGAUGAGGAUCAAGAUGAUAGCGCUUUUGAGUGUUUCAAGGUAGAUUUGCAGCUGGAAUGAGUUGUUAUAUGAUUUAAGUUAAUUAAGUUUUGAUGACUAGAGUAUAUAUUAAAUAAUAAUAUUCAUACUGCAGUUAA